GAUGCCGUGACGUCAGGGGCGGAAGUGACGCACUACGCCCCACCCAUGCGCGUGCGCCGCUGCGCACUAGGGGCGCCCGCCGUCCGCGUUUUGGGGAUUCUUUGUGCCAUACUUCGCAUUCCAAGCCUGCGGGAGCAGCUGCCGCCUGUGCCGGAGCGUGUGCGAGGAGCGCCGGGCCGUGCGCGCUUCGCUUGUGUGCGUGGAAUUUUCUUGACGUCGCUAGCUGCCGCAGCCGCUCGCUCGGCUUUCCCUUGCCUGAACCGUCGACCGGCCGACCGCUCGUACGUCCCAGUUUUUCUUGCGGCCGUCGAUUUCUUCUUCUACGGCCGCCGCAUCUGAAAGAGAAGUUUGUGUGUUUGUGUGUGUGCGGGGCCACCGUUGACGAAAGCAAAAGCGGGAAACAGUGAUAAAGAGAGAGAGAGAGAAAGAAAGGUCUUGUGCUGUGUGUGCACGCGCGUUUUUCUCUGCCACUCGAAAAAGCAAGAGAGAAAAUUAUAGACGGACCGACCGGUGGACUUUACUACGUGGUCCAUCGACGACAACUUUGGCCGUUCUUUCAAUUGAGUGUUGACGCUGCCGUUUUUUAUCGCCUUUACCAAGUUCUAUUUUGCUCUGAUCCCACUCACUCCGUAGUUGAUUGUUGUUCAGUUCGCAGUGGCCGCCUGGCUUUGUUUUCUCUCAAUUUUGCUCCUGUGUUCGUCGUUAUACGCUCCGUGAGUUUUUUGUGCUCUACUGGAUCUACCAAGCCUCGACUGUUAUCACCACAGCCUCGUCAUCGUCUCGGUGUGCUGCCACUCUUUUUCGUCGCCGUGUCGCACAGCGAAACAGGACCGGACCUUCUCUGUUUACCGGAGUUUCGUGCCUACGCUCAUUGAGUUCCGGCAUCGUGGACGCAUUGGAAAAACUGUCGUUGCUGGUUCGCUGAAACGCGCACGAGCGUCCAGUAGCGCUGGCAGUGUUGUGACAACGGGCGCAUCUGGCAGCUUCCUUGGCCGUCCAUGCCUUUGCUCUGAGGACUACGGCUGCUGCCUCAUCGAGGUCUGGGCGGCGGAAACGGCAGCUUCCACGGUUUUCCUGUAGACCUGCAGUGUGGCGCCCAUAUCGGUGUUCAAGAUUUCGUCCCCCUGGAACUCCGGGCCCGGCCUGACGGGCGGGGGCGCCCCUCCUCCGCCCCAGGCGCCCCUGUCGGACGCCGGCUCAGACGACUCCAACUCCAAGGACGGCCCGUCGUCCGGCGGGGGCCGAGGGGCCAACGACGUCUCCAACUCGGAUGCCGAAGGCGUCUGGAGCCCCGACAUCGAGCAGAGCUUCCAGGAGGCCCUCGCCAUUUUACCCGCCAUGCGGAAGGCGCAAGAUCAUCCUCUCGGACGAAGGCAAGAUGUAUGGGCGCAAUGAGCUCAUCGCCAGGUACAUCAAGCUGCGCACGGGAAAGACGCGGACGCGGAAGCAGGUGUCCAGCCACAUUCAGGUCCUGGCCAGGAGAAAAGCACGGGAGAUACAAUCCAAGUUAAAGGAUACGGCGGCGAAGGAGAAAGCGCUUCAGUCUCUGACGUCGCUGUCUUCGGCGCAGAUUGUGUCGGCCACGGCCAUGCAGAACAAGGCCGGGCUAGCCUCCCUUGUGCCGCCCGUGAGCUACACAGGGGCGCCGUUUUGGCAGCCAACAAUUGGCCAGCCUGGAACCUCUGAAGACGUCAAGCCGUUCGCGUCGCAGCCCUAUGCUCUGCAGAGCCCCAAGGCUCCCCCCGGCAGCGCCGGUGCGGGCGUUGACCUGCUGCCUCCCCCGCAUGGCGGCAUGACGCCCUCAUGGGAGGGCCGCUCCAUCGCCACCCACAAGCUGCGCCUCGUCGAGUUCUCCGCCUUCAUGGAAUUGCAGCAGGACACUGAUACGUGUAACAAACAUCUGUUCGUGCACAUUGGUGGCCCACCUACCUACACAGAUCCACUUCUGGAGGCGGUGGACAUACGGCAAAUUUAUGACAAGUUUCCCGAAAAGAAGGGGGGCCUUAAGGAACUGUAUGACAAGGGUCCCCAGGAUGCCUUCUUUUUGGUCAAGUUCUGGGCCGAUCUCAACACAAGCAUUCAGGACGAAGCUGGCGUCUUCUACGGCGUCACUAGUCAAUAUGAAAGUAAUGACAACAUGACAAUAACUUGCUCCACAAAGGUUUGCUCCUUUGGGAAGCAGGUUGUUGAGAAAGUUGAGACUGAGUAUGCAAGGUUUGAGAAUGGCCGUUUCGUGUAUAGAAUUCAUCGAUCACCAAUGUGCGAAUACAUGAUCAACUUCAUUCACAAGUUGAAGCAUUUGCCUGAGAAGUACAUGAUGAACAGUGUCCUCGAGAACUUCACAAUACUACAGGUCGUGACCAAUCGAGACUCCCAGGAGACGCUUCUGUGCAUCGCAUACGUGUUUGAGGUCUCCACCAGUGUUCACGGAGCCCAGCAUCACAUCUAUCGUCUCGUCAAAGACUGAGUGCCUCGGUGCACCUCCUCGCCAGUUUUUCAGUGCCUCACAUCCACCACAGCCUCCCGCCCACAGACGCCACAUAAGAGAUGGAAAAAACAAGAAGGUGCCUGUGUGGUCGGGACAUGAAGAGAAAUAAAAGAAAAAAAGUGCAUCAUCUGUAAAUAGCAGUGCCACCGCGAUGAUUCGACCUCGGUUCAGCCUUCCGCAAUUCGUGUUGGUGCUUUCUUAUGCCUUCCUUUUAUCGGUGCGCGAGUGUCGGGCCUUCGCAACCCUUUUUUGUUUUACUUCCCCGGCUUUCGAGCACUUUUAUUUUGCUUGUCAUUUCUGCGAUAUGAGUGCGAGUGCCGCCCGAUUGUAUUUUCUGAUGCUUCUGCACUUACCUGCAAAUUUUUGUUACACAUUGACGACUUUCUUGGUUAAUGCUUUCCCGGCGCGUCUUUUUCAAUCGCCCCACUCCUUGGUUAAUGUGGCAGGAAGUUCUGCUUGUCAUUUUAAAAAUGUUUUAAUGCUGUAUUAAUGACGAUUGAUGCAAAUGUGAAGAGAAAAGAAAAUUGGCCAUCCUUUUUGCAUACAGUGGUUGAAUGGCCAGCCAGUUUGGCAAAGAAUGCACUUGUGCUAUCAUUUUAGUGGAAAAUCGUCCCAUGUCAGUGCUAAAUGAAGCAUAAGAAUGAAUUUCAUGUAAUUCGAAGGUUGUGGACUGGGUCUUCAAAGGUGGCAAAUCGUUCUUGCCCACUUUAACUGAUUUCGCAUAAGGUACUGCUCUUGAGUUAAAGACUACAAGUAAUGCCCCUUAUGCUUUCAUUGACGUCAACCAGUGUGUCGGAACGGAACGAAAACCAAAAACGAAAAACGGAAAAAACGAUAUUUUUGACGGGAACAAGAACGUAACCGAAACUUUAUUAUUUUGUCCCGGAGUGAAACCGAAAUUUUUAAAAUCAUUUUUCGGUUCACGAGAAAACUUGGCAAUCCGGAACAACUGAGGUCAUGCAACGCGAGCAAUUAUGCACAUCUCAGAGUACAGUAUUAGCGCGUACCUCAGGCAGGAAUUCCAACGCAAAGAUAUGUUGAAAUUGUGCGAAAAACGAAAACAGUGGCAACCAGAGAUGUUUAUAUUAACGCAAGUGGACUUCUGCGCGCCUGUCACGCAGGCCAGCGUGGAGAGGGCAUUGUCGGCACCGAAGUUUGUUACAACAAAAGCUGUUAUGAGAUCACAA